ACACGCCCGCCCAGUUUCCCCCCCUUUUUUCCUCCCUUCCUCGCGCUAUUGCGCAUGCUCAGUUGCCUCCUUGCUUCUUUCGUUCUUGUCAGUCGGCGCCUGUCCGUUGAGAGGGGCGGACGCUCAUAGAGGAAGCUUUGUACGGUUUGAGGCGUUUUUCCCCCUCUCCCCUUCCGACGAAAUGGCUGAGCCUGCUACCCAGUCUCCGUAUAUUUCUUCCUCUGCCGGGAGCGGCUCUUCGGAACCGGGCGGACGAGACCUCAAAGGGUCCGGGUCCCACCAAUCUUGCGCUGAUUCCUUUGUUUCUUCCUCUCAGCCUGUCUCUCUCUUUUCGACCUUACAAGCCGGAGCUGAAGACACUUACUUAACACAUUCAGGAAACCAAAGGGAAGCCAAUAGCAAAGUGACACCCCAAAAUAUGGAAAAGGAAUUAAUCGGUGGCCAAAAACAGGACCGUGACUAUGACAUCCUGGAAUUGAAGAAAGCUACUAUGGGAUCACCUAGCCUAGGUGAAAGUUUAUUCUCUGUUGGAGCAAAAGUUGACAAAUCUUUGGGGAAGGCUGAUUCACCAGGGCAUAAUUUUAAGGACGAUACAACAGAUCUGAAUGGGUGUGACCAACUGAAAGAGACGGCUUCGAGCGUCGAGUCCAAAUUUGCUUUGCUAACUAGCGCGAAAGAUGAGCCGACCAGAGUGACAUAUCCACGUUCUUCUCCAUCCCCUGUGGCAGCCAGCGAGGCUGUGAUGGACAAAGAAUCCCCCGAAUCUCCAUUUGAGGUCAUUGCUGACAAACUGGAAUUUGAUAAAGAGUUCAAAGACGUCCUGAGCAGCAACUCCGGUGACAUUGGUAGCAACUGGGUGAUGCACAGCGAGCGGGAGCUGCUGACGGAUAUUCCAGAAGACAGUGUUUGCGAGUUUCAGGUGAAGCCACGCAGCGCAGGAAGACUGCCCUCAGGGCCCGGGCUCUCGCGGCAGUCUUCAGGUACAACCGCAGCCCUCGAGGAAGUAUCCAAAUGUGUCCGCGAGAUGCACAGCUUCACGAGUGAGCUAUUAAACUGGGAUUUGAUCCCCAAGGAUCCUGAGGAUGUUGUCAACUCGGGCGUCUCGGUGUCACCCACCAAAGAGGCCAGUAGUGUCCUUGCAGGAUUGGAACGUGGUAAUAAACAAGGGAAAACUCCCACACCUCAUCAACCUAUCACCAUUAGCCUGCAUCAAAAAAGCAUGCCACCUCUGAAAGAGGUUAUCGGUCAAGAGGCAGGUGUCACAAAGAGUCUCACUGCUACAGCAGAGCCGAAAACCGAUAUCCCUUGGUCAAAUUCUGUCCUGCCUGAAGCAACGGAUGCAGACAGUUCUGGCGAGUCUGACGAUACCGUCAUCGAGGAUGCCCCACUAGAUAAGACUACGGAGGGCAGAAAUGCACCCUCAAAUCCAUUUAGCUCGGACAAGUUGGAGGCUGUAGGCGAUGAAGAGACAUCUGAACUCAGCCAAAAAGGUAGAUUUUCUCCCAAGAGUCCAGAAUACAAUUUGGGAUUCACUGAUGACUUCAAAUCAACCCAGACCAAGACAGCUGUUCUUGGGGAAAAUCCAUUAGCUGCUCCGCAACAUCCCAUGAAGUCGAAUCCCGUGCACCUGCCACCCAAAGCAGGUCAAGAAGUGGAUGCUCUUUUUACAAGAGGAGCUUCUCCAGCCUUUCCCUUGGAUGGCGUGAAAAAGGCCACACACCCAGGCGUGGUCAAGGCCGAGGAUUUCAUGCCCUUCAUGAAGGAGUGCAAAGACAGUGACUCCCCUGAUGACCCCGUUGAGACCUUCUCCGAAGCAGAGCUGAACGCAGCCAGAUCUGAAGUGGUAGCUCCAUACUUCCAGCAGCCGUCGCAAGCCACUCAAGACUUUGAGCAGGAACGCCUUACGAUCACGGCCCUCAAAGAAGUAGGCAGGAAGUCUGAGACGGAGAGGCAGCCAUCUCUUCCGUCCAGCGGGAGGUAUCUGGGCCAGUAUUUUGAUAUCCCACCAGAUCCUCCAAUGCAUUCUCAGAAGUCUGCCUUGGAGAAGAGACCCCUUUGUCUCGAGCAGGCCGUGGAUGUGAAGUUGGCUCCUGCCCCGUCCAACCUUGGCAUUCAUAAGGUUCCAAAUAAAUCUUCCCAAGCUGCUCCUCCCAUGCCUCCCUUGCUACACACAAUCACAGAGCUACUGGCUAAAUUCUCAGUGCGCGAUCUGAUCUUUUGGCGGGAUGUGAAGAAGACAGGCCUUGUCUUCAGUACAACGUUGAUCUUGCUGCUCUCCUUGGCCGCUUUCAGCGUCAUCAGCGUCAUCUCCUACCUUAUCCUGGCCCUCCUCUCGGUCACCAUCAGCUUCCGGGUCUACAAGUCUGUCAUCCAGGCCGUACAGAAAUCGGAAGAGGGACACCCAUUCAAGGCUUACCUGGAUCUGGACGUUGCACUGUCUUCGGAGGCUUUCCACAACUAUGUCAGCUCUGCUAUGGUGCACGUCAAUCAUGCCCUGAAAGCCAUCAUGCGCCUCUUCCUGGUGGAAGAUUUGGUGGAUUCGCUGAAGCUGGCAGUGGCCAUGUGGCUGAUGACCUACGUCGGGGCCAUCUUCAAUGGGAUCACUCUUCUCAUCUUGGGCGAGUUGCUGGUUUUCAGCCUGCCUCUUGUGUAUGAGAAGUACAAGACUCAGAUUGACCAUUACGUUGGAAUUGCCCGGGACCAGAUCAAGUCAGUCGUUACAAAGAUCCAAGCCAAGCUUCCUGGAGUGGCGAAGAAAAAGCCGGAAUAACUUUUCCAGGGAGCUAAGACCCGGAGGUUAACUAAAUCAAAUCGAAGAGAACAAAAAAAAAAGCUACCCCUUGUGUCAUAGUUAUAACCAUUGUUACUUGUACCUAUGAAGGAAAAUGCCAAGUCAGCUUGAUGUCUUCAUUCCAAGCUUACUGAUUUUUUAUUAUUAUUAUUUUAAGUUCUACCUCCCACCCCACCCCAAGCGUAAACACUGGGCUUAGGAUGCACUGGACUAAAUAGAAACUGGUGUCUGACAUUGACAGGUUACAGGAGACGUCAGUGGGCAUAUUUUUUGUCCUUUUCGUGGAUGAAAAACACAGCCGAUGGGUUAUCGAAAGCCUGGAGAUGCUCUUUUUCUAGUUAGCGGUAUGAGUUUCUAACCCAGGUGAAGGCAGCCUCUCCCUCCCAGGGCUUGGAAAUAAUUGGCGAGCCCAAUCUAUUAAAAUAUUCAAUAUUAUUUCCAUUUUUAAAGUCACAACAGCAUUAAGUGGCAGUUGAUACCCUGUGUUUUAGUUUGUGACUGAGAGGGACCAAGGACCGCUAGGGACCAGUGAAAGAAACCAAUUGGGACCAUUUUUAAUAUUUUUUAUUCCUUCAACAAUGAACCAUUUAAAAAAUAAAUUAUUGGCGUAACGAAAUAAUGGGGUAUUGGGUCGCUGUGAAUUUUCUGAAUGCCAGAAACAUUCCCUCCUGACGUUUCACCCACAUCUAUGGCAGGCAUCCUCGGAGAUUAUGAGGUCUGUUGGAAAUUAGGCACGGGAUGUUUAUAUAUCUGUGGAAAGUCCAGGGUGGGAAAAAGUGUGAAUGUUGCAGUUUAUCACCUUGAUUAGCAUUAAUAAUAAUAAUAACAGCUUUAUUUUUAUACCCAGCCUCCAUCUCCCCAAUGGGACUUGGAACAGGAAACAAGGGGCCAAGCCCAGGUAAACAUGCCAAAACAGGAUAAAAUGCAUACAUCGUACAAAAUAGAAAAGAUAAAAUACAAUUAUCUGCAAUGGCAUAGCAAAACAGCAAAAAACCACACAUGACACAGUAAAACAUAAUGCAGAAACAAAACCAAGGUUAGACAAGAUCAGGCUGAGCCAAAGUGCAAGGGUGUAAAUUGUAAACCCAACGGGCAAGGUAGAUGUUAAAAGUGCUGCGUUUAAAAGAGAGCUCAGGGUGGGGUGAAAAAUGGAAGUUAUUUCUGGUUGAUGGAGCAGAAUAAAAUAUGUCAGGCAUUGUGAUUGUUACUUGGGGGAAUUCAUGGAAAAGCCUUGCAGCUUCAAAGCCUGGCUGCUUCCUACCUGGGGGAAUCCUUUGUUGGGAGGUGUUAGCUCCCGCCUGGAUGUUCCAUAUAUUUAUAAACCCCACUGGCCCAGUUUCCAACAGACCUCACAACCUCGGAGGAUGCCUGCCAUAGAUGUGGGCGAAACAUCAGGAGAGAAUGGUUCUGGAAGAUGGCCAUACGGCCUGGAAAACUCACAGCAACCCAGUGAUAACAGCCAGGAAAGCCUUCGACAAAAUGAUGAGGUUUUUUUCCACAACCUUAUAAACUUUAAUUGGCCUUGGUAAUUCAGUGUUAACACAUUAGCCCCAUUCUGAAUAUUUCCAAGCUCUGCUCUCUGCCUUCUUCCUGCGCAUUCCUGUAAAAAUGACCGGAUUUUGUGCGCUUGUAUGAGCUCAGAAAUGCUCUUGUCUCAGCAGGCGUUUGUUCUCUUUCCUCCAACAAUGAACUAUCCUGCUUCGAGAGAGCAUUGUGAUUAAUUGAGCCCCCCAUUCAGCGGAAAGAGGGGCUUCUCCACCCCAGAUCCCUCCGUGACCUCAGUUCUGCUCUUUAGUCUGGUUCAUCCUUCCCCUCCCUCCUUUCUUACUACACCAAGUAGCUCCUCCAUGCUGCUCCCCUGUCCUUACCCCUCACCUCGAGGUUGAUGAGAUUGUACUUUUUUCCCCUUCUUACUGGGAAAUGAAAAUGUCUGUAACUGCUGUACAAAUUGCUGUCGAAACAAACACACACCCCACCCCGAGCUGUUGAAAAAAAACAAGCAUUUCUGCAUGCGACUGAUGUGACGUCCCACCCGCCACGGUUGUAGUCCUCAAAAGUGAUGGUGGCACCUGGGUGCAGGGCACUCAAACACAAAAGCAUACACCAACACACACACAUACACACAGAGGAGCCUAAUCUUUGCCCUCCCAUAGUCUUACCCUUCUUCGGGCUGCCGGAGGACUUCCUGUGUCCCAGGAGGACAGGAAGGAAAUUGGCGUUCUCUUGUUUGGCGCAUGUUGAAUUUCGAUGCUUAGGGAUUGUAUCACGUUUUUGAAUGGACUUCCCUUGUUCUUCAAGGCACUUCUGACUACUCUGGAAUGGCUCACAUACUCCUGUGCAGUCUGGUUGUGUCAAAGUGACAUUGCUAUGUGCUGCUGCCUAAAAAAAAGCUGUUUUUCUAGGCAGCAGCAGGCCUCUCCAAAUGCCGGGUGCUUGCCAGGAGGGAAAGGUCUGCAUGGCUCACGUCUCGCCCCUUCCAGCAAGCAGCCGGUUUGGAGAGGCCCGCUGUGCAUUGCUGCCUAGAAAAACAGCAACACUGAACAGGCCUCUCCAAGCGCCAGGCAACCACCGGGAGGGGCAAGAUGCCAGUGCAUUGGAUAAUAUGGUGUGUUGGAUGAUAGGGAGGUCCUAUUAUCCAACAAUUGCCGGGAGAGAAAAGUCACUCUCCCGGCAAGCACUUGGCUUGCAGAGGCCUGCUGCUGCCUAGAAAAAUGUGCAGCGGGCCUCUCGAAACACCGGGUGCUUGCUCGAAGGGAAAAGUCUGCACCUGUCACAUCUCAUCCCUUCCGGAAAACACCUGGUUUGGAGAGGCCUGCUGCUGCCUAGAAAAAUGCUCAGCGUGUUUCUCCAAAUGCCGGGUGCUUGCCGGGAGGGAAAAGUCUGCACCGGUCACGUCUCAUCCCUUCCGGCAAACAUCCGGCUUGGAGAGUACUGCUGCUGCCUAGAAAAAUGCUCAGCGGGCUUCUCCAAACGCCGGGUGCUUGCCAGGAGGGAAAAGUCUGCACCGGUCACGUCUCAUCCCUUCCGGCAAACGCCUGGCUUUUAGAGGCCUGCUGCUGCCUAGAAAAAUGCUCAGCGGGCCUCUCCAAACGCCGGGUGCUUGCCGGGAGGGAAAAGUCUGCACCAGCCAUGUCUCAUCUCUUCUGGCAAACACCUGGCUUGGAGAGUACUGCUGCUGCCUAGAAAAAUGCUCAGCAGGCUUUUCCAAACACCAGGUGCUUGCUGGGAGGGAAAAGUCUGCACCGGUCACGUCUCAUCCCUUCUGGCAAACACCUGGCUUGGAGAGUACUGCUGCUGCCUAGAAAAAUGCUCAGCAGGCUUUUCCAAACACCAGGUGCUUGCUGGGAGGGAAAAGUCUGCACCGGUCACGUCUCAUCCCUUCUGGCAAACACCUGGCUUGGAGAGUACUGCUGCUGCCUAGAAAAAUGCUCAGCAGGCUUUUCCAAACACCAGGUGCUUGCCGGGAGGGAAAAGUCUGCACCGGUCAUGUCUCAUCCCUUCUGGCAAACACCUGGCUUGGAGAGUACUGCUGCUGCCUAGAAAAAUGCUCAGCGGGCUUUUCCAAACACCAGGUGCUUGCCGGGAGGGAAAAGUCUGCACCGGUCACGUCUCAUCCCUUCCGGCAAACGCCUGGCUUUUAGAGGCCUGCUGCUGCCUAGAAAAAUGCUCAGCGGGCCUCUCCAAACGCCGGGUGCUUGCCGGGAGGGAAAAGUCUGCACCAGCCAUGUCUCAUCUCUUCUGGCAAACACCUGGCUUGGAGAGUACUGCUGCUGCCUAGAAAAAUGCUCAGCAGGCUUUUCCAAACACCAGGUGCUUGCUGGGAGGGAAAAGUCUGCACCGGUCACGUCUCAUCCCUUCUGGCAAACACCUGGCUUGGAGAGUACUGCUGCUGCCUAGAAAAAUGCUCAGCAGGCUUUUCCAAACACCAGGUGCUUGCCGGGAGGGAAAAGUCUGCACCGGUCACGUCUCAUCCCUUCUGGCAAACACCAGGUGCUUGCUGGGAGGGAAAAGUCUGCACCGGUUCACGUCUCAUCCCUUCUGGCAAGCACCCGGCUUGGAGAGGCCUGUUGCGUGUUGCUGCCUAGAAAAAAAACCAUGUGCAGCAGGCGUCUCCAAGCUCCGGGCACCCACCAGGAGGGGCAAGAGGCCGGCUUGGAGAGGCCUGUUGCGUGUUGCUGCCUAGAAAAAAAACCAUGUGCAGCAGGCGUCUCCAAGCUCCGGGCACCCACCAGGAGGGGCAAGAGGCCGGCGCAUCAGAAAAUACAGUGCGUUGGAUAACCGGAACUCUACUAGUAUUAGAUGCCUAGUAUUCCUGUGUGUCUUCAAGGAAUAAGGGGCGCCAGUUGUAUCUUAUUUAGCAGCUCUGGAGAGGCGACCUGCACCCUCUUGCCCAGGCCCCGCUCCACUCUUCCCAAUACCUCCUCUCUGCACUGAAAGCCUUUGGCUCAGCUCUUACAUCUGUUAUGUUACUGCUGUGUUUGAAAUACCGUGAAGCGACCUCUUUGUGCCCGGCAGGCUUUUUAAAUGGGAAGCAAAAUAAAUAAAUAAAUCGACAGGAGAGAAAAUGUACGUAGACCGAGGGAACAAUGACGACUACUAAUGAAGCUUGUGCGUUCGUGUGCGUUUGUGUGUACUGUGCGUGCAGCGUUAAAUUAUGGUAGUGCCAAGGGAACGGAAGAGACGAGGCUCAAGACGUAAAGACAUACAAUACAUGCAAUUUGAUGUGGUAUUAUUAAUAAAAGAGCACAAAGUCCAAAUGCCAA